UAUCAUGUAUAGAACAAAAGAAGUUCAUAUCAUAUGUAUGAUGGCAGGGGAAUGUAAUGCAGUUCUGUUGCUGCACCUGUGCUUUGAAACUUGUGCUGGAUAAUACAAGAAUGAGCCAGCUCAAGGCUACUUAUUAUAACUGGAAAUGAGCUUUUCCUUUUUUUCUGAAAGCAAGUUCCAAGCCUUCAUGAUGAGUUUUGAGAGUCUGAAAAUAGGCUUAGGAGGGUGUUCAGAAGAACUGGGUAGGGUUCUCGCCUACACACCUCACCUUCUAGUAUUUUGAAGGACUGAUAUUCUGAAGUGUUCUAGGAGGCCAUCUGGAAAGCGCAAUGAGUGUCAAGGCCUUCAAGCUUGUCCCUGCGGUUGAGCGGGAAAUGCUGAUGGGUGACAAAGUUCGGAUCAAUAUUGAAUGCAUUGAGUGCUGUGGAAAGAACCUUUAUAUUGGAACCAAUGAUGGUUCUAUCUAUCACUUCCUUCUAGAAGAAAAGAAUUCACCAGCUGAAAAAACACAUUUUUAUGUUACCAAGCAGUUACAUAAAUACUUAAGUGUUCGGAAGGCUGUGGGUGAGUUGAAAGCAGCGUCAGCACUCAACAGACUUCUGGUGCUUUGUGACAGCACCAUAACAUUAGUGAACAUGAUGAAUCUGGAACCCAUCCCCACGGGGGCUAGAAUCAAAGGAGCUGUGACAUUUGCAUUGAAUGAGAACCCUGUGAAUGGUGAUCCAUUUUGCGUUGAAGUUUGUAUUGUUUCAGUCAAACGGAGGACCAUCCAGCUCUUCUUGGUAUAUGAGGACAGAGUCCAGAUUGUGAAGGAGCUUUCCACUCAGGAGCAGCCCUGUGCUGUGGCCGUGGAUGGCCAUUACUUAUGCCUUGCCCUCACCACCCAGUACAUUAUCCUGAAUUACAAUACUGGAGUCUCCCAGGAUCUCUUUCCUUAUUCUAGUGAAGAGAGACGACCAAUUGUGAAAAGAAUAGGCAGAGAAGAAUUCCUGUUGGCUGCACCUGGGGGAUUAGGAAUGUUUGCAACUGUGGAUGGCAUUUCCCAGCGUGCUCCUGUUCACUGGUCAGAAAAUGUGAUUGGGGCUGCCCUGUGCUUCCCUUAUGUAGUUGCUCUGGAUGAGGAGUUCAUUACCGUGCAUAGUAUGCUGGACCAGCAGCAAAAACAGACUCUGCCCUUUAAGGAUGGUCACAUCCUACAAGACUUUGAAGGCAAAGUAAUUGUAGCUACCAGCAAAGGGGUAUACAUCUUGGUGCCACUACCUCUGGAAAGACAGAUUCAGGAUCUUUUGGCCAGCCAUAGAGUUGAAGAAGCUCUAGUGUUGGCAAAGGGAGCUCGAAGAAAUAUUCCAAAAGAGAAAUUUCAGUUGAUGUACAAACGAAUCCUGCAGCAAGCAGGAUUUAUACAAUUUGCACAGCUUCAGUUCCUAGAAGCAAAAGAACUCUUCAGAAGCGGCCAGCUGGAUGUCCGGGAGCUGAUCUCUCUCUACCCCUUCCUGUUGCCUACUUCCUCUUCCUUCAUGCGGACUCACCCACCUCUCCAUGAAUACGCUGACUUGAAUCAACUGACGCAAGGGGACCAGGAGAAGGUGGCCAAGUGCAAACGGUUUCUCAUGAGUUACUUGAGCGAAGUGCGCAGUAUGGACGUUGCAAAUGGCUACAAGGAAGACAUUGAUACAGCUUUAUUGAAGCUCUAUGCAGAAGCAAAUCAUGAAAGCCUUCUAGAUCUGCUGGUCUCUGAGAAUUUCUGUCUUCUCACAGAUAGUGCUGCAUGGCUGGAAAAGCACAAAAAGUUUUUUGCACUUGGUCUCCUGUAUCACUCAAAUGGUCAAGAUGCUGCAGCAGUACAGUUAUGGGUAAAAAUUGUUAAUGGAGACAUUCAGGACUCUACACGCACAGACCUUUAUGAGUAUAUCGUAGACUUCCUUACCUCUUGCAUGGAUCAUGAACUGGUGUGGAAGUAUGCAGAAUGGAUCUUGAAGCAAAAUGAAGAGGUUGGAGUAUACAUUUUCACUAAAAGACCCUUAGAAGAAGAGCAACAGAAGAACAGCUUUAAUCCGGAUGAUGUCAUCAGCUGCCUUAACAAAUAUCCCAAAUCAUUAGUAAAAUAUUUAGAGUUCUUGGUUCUGGAGAGAAGAAUAAAGAAGGAAAAGUACCACACCCAUCUAGCAGUAUUGUAUCUGGAUGAAGUGCUACACUUGAAAUCACAGGAGGGCAUAAAGAGGGGUGAGGAACUGAGCAAAACACAAGCUAAGCUACGCAGUCUUCUGCAGAAAUCUGACCUUUAUAGAACUCACUUCAUACUAGAUAAAAUCAUUGACUCAAAUCUUCAUAUGGAGUGUGCAAUAUUGUAUGGAAAAUUGGAAGAGCAUGACAAAGCGUUACAUAUCUUGGUCCAUGAAAUAAAGGAUUUCAAUGCUGCUGAGGACUACUGUGUAUGGAAUUCAGAAAACAAAGACCCACCUUACAGGCGGAAGCUUUUCCAUAUGCUGCUUUCCUGUUAUCUGAACUCCAGCUCAUCUGAACACAAACUGCUCAUGGCUGCUGUAGAUCUCCUUAAUAACCACACAGCUGAGUUUGAUGCAGCGAAUGUUCUGCAGCUUAUACCUGACACUUGGUCAGUGCAGCUUCUGUCUUCAUUUCUGACUGGUGCAGUGAGGGAAAGUAUCCAUGCGCAAAGAAUGACUCAGAUUGCCCUGGGAUUAGCAAAAGCUGAGAACCUCACUUAUAAGCAUGAGAAGGUGAAGCUAAAAGGAAAUCAAACUGUGCUCUCAGACAGAAAAGCCUGCCAGGUGUGUCAAAGCCCCUUCUGUGAGCCUGUCUUUGUCAGGUAUCCAAAUGGUGGUGUGGUCCACACGCAUUGUGCUGCAAACAGACUGGUGGAUUCCAACACAAACCACCAUUUAUCUAGCCCCAGUGGACGGACAUGAAACAUUGUUCAAGGUGCUACCUGUUGCUAUGUCGGUUUCCUCUUGGAGUCACCAAGGAGAAUUGGCUGGAUAAAGAACAAAUGCCAAGUCAAGUGGAGAUUGCCCUGGGGUGCACGGGAGGACUUCAGUAAAUGUGAAACACGGCCACUUAAAUUGCUGAUCUCUUUAUGAAUGUAGAUGGCACAAGAAAUUGCAGACUUGUUUAUAAAAUGAAUAACUUCCCUCACAGUAAGGGUGAGUGUUAGGGUGGGGAUGGGGAGUUGGUUAACCCUCACCCACCCCAACGGCCUUUCUUUGCUUUUUUUAAAAAAAUGUAAAAUUUGCACUGAAUUUGGUGAUCAACUGAGCUUGGAAUGAAAGAGGCUAAUGAGGAAAGGCUUCUGUUCCCUGAAUAUGAUUGUCUCCUGAAUAAUUGGCAUGAAGCCACACUACUUUGAGGGGAGGGCAUAGCUGCAUUAUGUCCUAUACUGGGGUCUAAACUUUUGCCUGUCGGACAGCAUCAUGAACUUUGUUUUGUGCUCUUCAUCCUUUUUUGAUGCACUUUGAGCCUUUGUUCGCCUUCCUUCUCUGCCAUAUAGUUCCAAUCAUUGGAGAAAACGUGGAAGCACUGACCUCUGGGUAGUGGCUGCUCUUAUUAGGUAGGAGUAAGAGGGAAGUAGGAGGAUAGUUACACAAUCAUGUGAUAAGCCACAGUGUGUUCUGACAGUACGAAUCACAGAGCAGCCUCCAGAUUCUAGAGUCAUCUGGAAUUAUAAACCAUCGGGGGGAGGGGGAAAGGUCCGAAGGAACAGGCUUUAAUACAUGUUAUGACUUAUUUAUUAUUCUACAGAUGUUCUGUAAAUACAGGUGAAUGAAAUGGUUUUAUAUAUCAAAGUUCUCUAGAGCAAAAUAUGUAACCAGUAAUUCCAGGAAUAGCUUUCUAAGAGUUUACAUCCAGCAUCACAAUCCAUCUUUAGGAUUCUCUAAAAGAAACAAAAUCUAUGCCUCUGAUUUGCUUUGCAGGACUGGGCUUCAGUUCAUACAAAGGGAUAAGGGUGCUGUAAAAGCAUUGGAAAUUGCAUCCUGAAGUGCUGAUGAGUAUUAUCAAACUUAAUAAAUGCUCUAUGGAUUCUGAAA